AUGCAGCCAGACGCCAAGGACCUCGACCCUAAGGAGCACCCGUUCAACUGGCCCGUCCGAAGGAAAUGGAUGGCGACAAUAGUCAUCGUCUUCAUGACUACGAACAUCACCUUCUGCUCGGGUAUCCACGCUGCAACAAUUUUUGGUGUGACCAGGACAUUCGCGUGUUUCACGACCGUAGCAACAUCAGGAGUAACUACGUCUCUAGUCGGAUUUGCCUCAGGCCCCAUGUUGUUCGCACCGCUCUCAGAAGCAGUAGGAAGAGAGAUUGUCUUCCGCAUCACCAUGUUCCUGUUCUUCUGCUUCAACAUCGGCUGUGCGCUAUCGCCCAAUCUCGCCGCUCUUUUGACACUUCGGUUCCUCAGUGGUUUCUUCGGCCAUCGUUCGGUUCCAUUCGCACUCUUCACGACGAGUAGUUCCCUCGGUCCAGUCCUAGGGCCGGUGGCAGGAGGAUUUAUCUCGCAGCAGUUGAAUUGGAGAUGGCUCUAUUGGGUUGUGACUAUCGUUGCCGCGAUUGUGUAUACCGCCAUGCUCUUCUUCCUUCCCGAGACAUAUACAACAACUCUUCUCCAAAGUAAGUUGGCAAAGACCGGCAGAAAGUCUCCACGACGAUCCUCCAAAGACCAAUACGCCACUAGCCUAACACGACCCUGGCUCAUGCUCUUCACAGAGCCCAUUUUAUUCGUGCUCGGCCUUUACUCAGCAUUCGUUUGGGGUAUCCUGUAUCUGGACUUCACCGCCUACCCACUAGGCAUUGCAGGUCUAUCCUUCCUGGGCAUUGGACUCGGUAUGGCGAUUGCGACAGCGAGCUCACCAUGCAUCAACAAUAUUCACGGCAUAUGGUUCAAGAGGCUUAGUGGCCCGAAGCCAGAGGCGCCACUCCCGCAUCUCAUCAUCAUAGCGUGGUUCAUCCCCGUGGCACCUUUCUGGUUCGGAUGGACGGCAAAUCCGCCAAACCACUGGAUUGUAUGCAUUCUUGCUGGCAUACCAUUUGGUAUCGGCUUCGUCAUGCUUUUUCUGGGGACUAACGCAUAUCUGACCGACUGCUAUGGGCGUUUCUCCGCAAGUGCACUGGCUGCUAACGCCGUGAUGCGGUCUUUGUUCACGUCUGCGUUUCCGCAGUUUGCGCGUCAGAUGUAUAUCAAGAUGAGGACGCCGUGGGCUACCAGUACGCUGUGUUUUGUCGCUUUGAUUAUGGCGCCCGUGUCGUGGCUGUUCUUUCGUUUUGGUCCGGGGAUGAGAGCGAAGCCAAAAUACAUGAACAUCGGCGACUUCUAA